AUGCGUCCCGAGACGCUCGAUGCUAUACUUCCAGAAAAGUCGCAAAGGCCCAGCUCGUACCUGGAAAUCUACGUCGAAGAGAAAACUAAUUGGGCCACGGCUGCGUCGGAUGAGUGCAUGCGCUUGGGUGACGCACUCCACGUUUUCGCCAUUGAUACGCAACACUCGGUCGCCGACCUGCGAGCUGAGCAGAUAAAACGUGGU